AGAAGUGCACUGCGGGUUAGUAAACAAGAACAACGAGGAAAUAAGGAAAAACGCGAUGUGGUCAUCUUUCAGAUGAAGUAGUCGCCAAAUCUAGUUACUUUCCAUUGUAAAAAGUGCUAAAACAACGCUUUCUAAAACACGUGCUGAUUUAUCAACUUAACCAAUUUAAUUAUAAUCUGAAUAAUGAUGGCAAACGACCAAGUGGUAAUAUCGAAAGCGAGUUGAAAACAUGCCUCACAGACAAUGCUUUCAACGUUCAACACUUCCAAAGCUUUUCGAUGAUCAUCCUUCCUCUGGAAAAGGCAGGGAAUGGAUGCCUACGUCGUCGCAAGUCAACGCAAGAGAAAAACUUCGUUUCCAAACGUAUUCGGAUAAAAUUUCAGGCGGUAUUGAAUUUUGGCACAAACACAAACUUAAGCCGAGCGAGACGCGAACACACGACACUAUAAAGGAUACGAAGAAACCGAGGAAAUUUUCACAUCAGCCGAAAUGCACUGCUUGCGGUGGUUUCCUCUCCCAUCGAAUGAGCCUGAGCAGUAUACACACGAAAUUUACUGAACGUCAUUCGAAGUGCGCGUUCGGACGUGAAUAUUGUGAUGUAAUUGGCCCCUGUGCGGAAUGCUGUUUGACGGAGCAGCGUAAUGCAAUUGUCAAAAGACAGUCUGUAGAGUUUCCGGGAUUAGAAGUUACACCAAGAAGACUUGUUGCACCGGAUCUGGUGCAAGUUAUGAUGCAGCACAGUCAGAUUGAGCACAUAGAUAAUGCGUCUGAUCUUUAUCAAAGUCGCCAGGGUAGAAGCGUCCUCGAACUGCCGCUCAUUCCCGUUGACACGUUGAAAUACAUGAGGAGGGAGGCUGGGAGUAGCAAGCAUAAGCGUACUUUCGUAACAGACCAGGAACCAACAUAUAAGAAGUACAUAGAGGUUCGCCUACCAAAAAUCUGACACAAUGUGUGUGUACCCAGAAUUAGUUAAAAGACAUGUAGGAACCUGCUAUGGUGACGAAAACAAAAGCUCACCGUAAGUUUACUUGAACUCAGUUGCUUUAGCUCUCACCGAGUUGAAUAUGCAUGAUACACUGCUUCUCUCGUGGCUUUGAAACUUGCACGGGAUUGGACUGAUUAUAUAUUUGAAUGACUCCGUCAGUGAAAGUGUGUGAAUAAAUCAUUUUCCGGAGUAAUUCAGUGUUAGGUUUUGUAAAAAAAUAUUUCUUUUAAUCACAAAGGAAGGAAGGAAGUCAACCGUUAGCCGUAAAAUUUCCAAAAUUUUAACCGUUAAACGUAAAAGCCAUCAGCCCACUGAGACCCUCUACCAAUGAUGGCGAGAGGUUGUGAUUUUUUUCAUAAGAAUAAGUCACGUUUAUUGGGAAGAAGAAUCGCCCUCGCCUUCCAGUUAAAGUAUCACACCGGAUAGACCAUCAUGGUAUCUCGACAGUUCUCAGAUAAAAGCCGAUACGACCCUCCUUGUACGAGUGUGAUCGUAAUGGGGGAGAUAAAACUCUUCCUUUAACACUAACUUAUCGUGGAAAAUUUAAGAAUCUUAAAAAAAGCGCAUAUGACAUAGAAGUCUUUUGAAAUAUUGGGGCUCUUCACACCUUGAACCUGUGAGAUUUUGAUAAGCCAGAUGAUCUCCAUCUCAAAUGGCUAUUAAACUGAAAUUGUUUCUAUUUUGUUUAUGUUCCGGGAAGAUUGAAGAAUGUGGGCGUAAAAUUAGAAUGUUAUUAUUUCAAUAUAUUUCAAUAUGUAACAUACUCAAGAUAUUGAGCGAUUAGAAAUUGUCUAAAAAUUGGUAUUAAGUUACGUCAGUAAUUUCGAACUUAACUCAUUAGUCAUUGAUAGAUGUGGAUAUAGUGAUCAAAAUUUUGGGUUAUAAAUUGUACCAUUUUGUUCAGUUUA